GUGCGGAGCCCCAGUCGCCACGUCGCCUCAUGCUGCACCCGGAUUCUCCCGCGCCCGGACAUCACUGGACGGCUAAUCCUAUCUCCUUUAGCAAGCUCAAGCUGACCAACAACACAAUGGACGCUCAGGGACAUAUGGUGCUGACGUCGAUGCAUAAAUACCGCCCUCGCGCGGUGGUCGUGCGAGCUCGUGACGCGGCCGCGCUGGCGUGGGGCGCGCCGCACGCCGCAUUCUCCUUCCCAGAGACUGAGUUCAUCGCUGUCACCGCCUAUCAGGUUUGUACCGAACUGACAUCACUUUUACGAAAGACGAAAGCAAUCUAACAUAUUUUAUGUCGAACAGCCUUAAAUUGUGUAUUAUAGUCUUAAUGGAAAGUAAAAAAGGAUUUUGUUUGUUUGAUAUAGACAGAGAACUCUCCCAAUUACUAAAGCAAUGAAACAAAAGAAACAACAUUUUCUUAGCAUCGAGUGAAAGUAUUGUAUCUUUUCUUAAUUGCUUGAUUAUAAUACAAGUCGUGUAAUUAAAGUACCAAAAAUCAACAGUUCCUUAUUUUUUCGUCUUAUUGCUUAGUAUCAAAUCUAAAUCAGUGGGAACUCCGGUACAAUACAGUCACACUUAUGAUGUUCCAAGAAAAUACCCUAGCAUUCUUAGAACGGGACGUGAUUUGCACUUAUGCGUACGGCAGAUUUUUUACACUAUACUACAGGCGCCAAAGCUUUUAUGGUGGAAGUCGGGCAAAAAAAAUAAAAAUAGCGGCGCCUAUCGGUCACUUGCAGUGCGUUAGAAAAACAAAGGCAGCUAAUUUAGCUUCUCUUCUAUACAAGGCGGUAUUGUUUCACUUGAUCUAACAUAGAUCCGUUACAAUUUAACAAUCACUUUGUAUUGUAUCGAUAACACGGCAUUCUUCACUGCACAAGAACCGUUACGCUUCUGAAGAUGCCACUACUGGUUCUUAUCUUCAAGUACUUUUGUUAAGUAAAAUUAGGGUGAAGUUCUUAAUAUUUCGAGUGAAACAUAAGUGCAGUGAAAGGUUUUCUAAUUGCAGUUACUAAUCUUGUUCUGGAAAAAAGUCUUUAUAUUUGCAACCUGAAAAGUAAUAUCAAGCACAUUCUAACUAAAGGACGCAUAAAAUGUGAUUUAUUAAAUAAGGUCACACGUUGUUAUCAUUGAUAUCAUUAUAUUAAAAAAUGUAAAGCAAAUUACGUGAUGCAUUUAAUAAGAUUUGUUAAAUCCAUACACACUUUUGUAUACUGAGGACACUCCCGCUGCGCUGCGUGUUGCACAGCGGCAAAGCACAAGGCGCGGUAUUGUCGCGCCUCGUCCUCGCGUCGUCGUCGGCGCUGCGGCUCCUUGCAUAAUCCACUGAGCGGUAAUUAGGUCGCGUCGGCUCCUUUGCGCGGCGGCUCCCUUCAUGUUGACUGCAGCGAGGCGCGAACACAUCUCGCUUCCAUUUACAUUAACAAUUACGGCGACCGGCCGCUUUGUGGGAUAAUCCGAGUCGUCCGAGUAACGGUACCGGCGGACAAUGCCGCACGGCGUAUCAUUGCGCAUUAUCCCUCGCCGGACUAUCGUUACAUGGUUUACCCAUUGUUGCGAAUUACCGACGAAUUAUAAACUUCCCUUUGCCACCGACCGCCUCUUUAUUAUAAAGCGUAACUAGGUGGCAUACAAGCACAAUGCCACGCAGCGGGACCCCUACUGUUUAUUUGUAAUGCCGUGUCCCUACUUACGUCAUCGUUUGUCAACACCACUCCGGACCUCUACAACUUUACGCCUGAUAUCGUAACUAAAUUUACUCAGGACCUAAUUACACAUUUCUAAAAGUCAAAGAAAAAACUGGCGACAGUCGCCAAUAUGUGAAACCGUACCGCAAAAACCAUAGCAGACUAAAGGUUUGUGGCAUGAUGUCACUCGCGGGCGACAGGGCGGG